AAUACACCUUGCCUCAUAGAUGACAAGCAUGGCUCGGUCUUCCUCCGACUCCAGCCUCGACCGCCGCAGUCGACGCAGCUUUCGCAGCCGCAGCCCUUCCAUAGAGGAGGAGAUUGAACCCAAGUCGCUCGAGUCAAAAGAUCGCCCGAUAAUCUUCAAGAUCGAGCAGCGCUUCCGUGUCUUGAGGUCUCCGGAGAUUCGACAAGUCCUGCGAGCUGCACUGCUUGCCAGGGCCAGUGGCAUGGGAACCAUAGUGUACACAGCCGAGGGCGACUGCAGGCUUGAGCCGCCCGAGGGCGACCAAUGGCCUGCCACUGACUCGGCGCAUCCGCGCUCGCCUCACUCCCAGCGGGGUGAAGCCGAAGGUGCAGAGGAGGAGUUCGCAGUGUUCCGGGCACUGGGUGGUCCGAGCCUGCAGCUUGUCAGCCACCUGUGUGAGCGCUUGCUGGACCUUGACCUCUCAGUGCUGUUGCUGGCCUCCCAUGAUCCUACAGCAAUGUACUUGGUCUGCUUUGCGGACACCCGAAUACAGAUUGCAGAAGCUUUGGUGCAAGAACAUCAUGGCGUGCGACCUGUCAACGAGGUGUAUGGCAGCCCCUCUCCAGCUGUCCUUGCGGCGGCUGGUCUGAGCGGUCUCGGGAGCUUGCACACCUCGAAGUGCUUCCGGCUCCAAGACUUGGACAAGUUCGCAGGUGCCUGGGUGGAGGAGGAGUUGAACGUCGAGCCUGCUGAGCCUGAGGGCGAAGAAGCUGAAAGCAGCCAGCUUGUGCUUGCGCUUAAACAAGCGAGGCGCCUCCGCUUCGUGAGCCGCCGUGGUCUCUUCGCAGAGGUCCACUUCUCCGAUCCCUACCGGGUGGCUGUUGGUCGCCUCAGCGAGGAAAGCAGCCACGGCGACAUGCAGGCCAUGAUGGGGCACGGCUGCGUGGCUUUCACCCAUGGACGGAGAAGGAGGGCUUCAGAUGUCAGCAGAUGGCAGCGCCAGGCGAGCGAGGACAAACCGACGGCCACCCGGAUGUUCGCGGUGGACACGGAGCCUUGCAGGCCACAGGCACAUCACACCUCACAGGUCCUUGGCAAUGAGAUGCACGACUCUCCGGAAGGCGUGGCCUGGCGCCGGAUCUCCGAGCAGGAGGCGCCCAUCGCGGCGGCGGAGCUGCUCAUGGAGCAGGCCGCGGGCCCUGGCUCUGUGCCGCCCUCCUGCGGCCUGCGCGCCGGGGCGUGGAUCGUGUGCCAAGAUGUGGCCUUGCAGGUGCUUGGCCCACCCCGUGGAGAGGGCUCGAUUGGUGGCACCUUGUGCCAAAGCCAGGACCAGCUUCAAUUGCUGGAUAAUCCAGAAAAGAUCAAAGAAGAGCUGGCGAGCCGAUUUGAGGCGUCUGCUGGGACUGCGUCCGAGGGUUGCAUCCGCCGCUUGCGUGGGGUUGGCUGGGCGUUGAAAGCGAAGGGCCAGCUGCUUUGCGGCGCGCAGAAGGAGGAUGGCUUCAAGACAGCAAGCAUUUUAUACAGCACCGGCCUCAUGACCAAGGGUGGCAGCUUGACACUGGAGAGCGCCACGAGAUCCUUCACCCAAGUCUGGCGCAUUCGAGAACUUCAGGACAACCCCUUUGACAGCCCGAGUUUGCGCGCUGCGCGGAAGGCUCUUCCCAUUCCUCUUGCAGGUAGGUCACUUUCUGGGCCAUCUGCUCAAGUGGCGCGGGUGGCCUCCAUGAUGCCAAAGGGCAAAGGUAAAGGCAAGAACAAGUCCAAGGGGCGGAGGCCGCCCAUGGCAGCACCGCGACAGGCAGUCCGGCCCUUCAACCGCUCGUCUAUUGGCGCCUGGAGCGGGGUUCGGCCAGCGCUGACUGUUUAUGGAGGUGUCCCCAGCGCUGCACUUGGACCGCGGCCUCCGAUGAAUCGACCGCGGCUGGGCGGCUUCAUCCAGAAGGUGGAUUCUGCAGACGUCCGGCAGAGAGGCCCACGCCCCGACCGCUUUCCGCCCAGAAACAUCACCCUGACCUCGGCGCCACGCCGGGACCGGGACCACAGUGUGCCGCGCCGGAAGGUGCGGUCCAGAUCGCCAGGGCGCCGGGGGCACGCCCGGACAGAGUCAGGUGCCAAGCACGAGGACAAGGGCCGACAUCGAAGCAAUCGCAGCAGAAGUACUAAGAGAUCCCGAAGCAGGAGCCGACGCCGUGGAAGGAAGCCGCCUGCCUGAGGUGAC